GAUAUGUCUUUGUUGAUAAACUCGUUUAUCACUGGUUAAUGCUUUCAAUAUUUGUAUUUUUAUAAAAUUGCUGACGUUGUGAUCUGAGUCAUUUUUCAUAUUUAAGGCAGGAGUUGACAUGAUAAAUGUCCUAUUACAUGAUAAGAUUUGAAAAAAAAAACAACAACACCAAAUAGUAGACUAUAGCUACAUUUUCACCAUCAGUGAUAUCAGGCAUUCCGAAUUGUUUAAGGCUUUGUAUUCUUAACGUGGCGCUUGCAGAUUUUAACAUGGCGAACGUGGAUUACAGUGAGGAGGAAGUAACGGAUAAGAUUGACAUAAAAUGUGAAAGUUCAAAAGAGGACCAGGCACUAUCAGAAACAAUUUCAGCCGUUGAUGUGUCUAUUUUUGGUGAAUUAAAUGGCUUGGCGGAUGUUACACUUGUUGUUGAAAAUACAAAGAUUCCAGUUACGAAGGCCGUAUUAGAGCAUGCGUCCCCCGUUUUCUUGACUAUGUUUCAAAGGGACUUCAUAGAGAAAAAGAAAUCUGACAUAGAACUUCCUGACAAAAAAUUGCCAGCCUUCAUAAAUUUCCUCAAAUGUAUCUAUCCUAACAGCAAGGAGCAAGUAACAGCGGAAAGCGUUUACGAGGUCGUUUAUCUCGCCAACGAAUACCAAGUUGAGCAUCUGAAAACCGUUUGUGAGCAGGUUCUUUUGAAGGAAAUGUCUAAAUGGGAAGAUCCCACUACUCCUGACUGCUGUAUGGAGGUGUACCGACAUCUAGUGAUCGCUGAAACAUUGCAACUUGAGGAAUUGCAAGCACGCUGCAUUGGUAUAGCGUCUGAGGGUACACAGGCAGACAGAGAGGCAGCGGCAAAAGUCCAUGCAAUUUCAGAAAAGUCUGAGAAGAUAAUUGAUAAGAAGGCAAUUAGAAAUCUUGAAAUAAACACAUCCGAUUUGAAAGAUCUCAUGAAAGGCAUAGGCGGGGAUAACUUUGAAACAGUGAAAAACUUUAUUCUUGAAAAAAAUAAUACCAAGCCUCAAAACAAAGCCCAAAAUGAAAUAGGUUUCGCCCAUGUACUAACAUCUCAAUUCGGUCAGUCAAAUCCUUUUCCGUUUCCAUUUAAAUCAUCUCCACCUCCCUCUAAACCUUGGGCAGAAAACAUACGUAAUUUACGACUUUUGUAUCAGUAUGCUCCAGCAUCCAAGGAUUUGAAGAGAGUAGCUAUUAAGGCUGUGAGAAAAGACAAAGGCGCGAAAGUCUUGAACACUUCCUUUAAGGAAGAGUUUGAUCUUCUACCAGAAAAGAUCAAACAUGAUAUAAGAGGAAGAGAAGUCAUGGAAUACUAAACUGUGUUAUUUGAGUUAGUUGUUGAUGCAGAAUGAUUUGUCGCAUUUUAAUAAAUCUGGAUAUAGGGAAAAUGCCUAAUUGAACAUGGCAAGCACAAAUGAUGCAAUAUUAACGUACUGUCACAGAGUUAUAAAACAGUUCAGUAUAUCAAAGUUGAUUAUUUAUAUUUUUCUCAAAUUUAAUUGAAUUAGGAAUAUGAAAAGCUAAAGCAAUUGUCUGCAAGACCACAUGUGGAAAUCAUUGUUACUAACUACUAUAUAUUAGUAUGGCCUCGUAGUAUUGAUAGUCUUUGGAUUAUUAGGCACAGCCAUCUGCUAGACUUGCUCUUAAUUACUGGACAUACUGUGUCUUCCACGAUUGAUUAAAAUAAAUUGACAAGCAGUCCUACUUAGAUCAAAGCAUAUAACAUGAAUGUGUGUUUUUAUGUUAUUGGGCAAACUCUGUGUGAUGUUAUUAGUUUCAAACAAUAACUGCAUCGUAUCUUUGAAAUGUUUUUGCAUUAGGUGCUCUGAGUUGUAUUCCUCCGUCUGCAGAUAGAGUUGGGAUCUCUAAUCAUAGAAGUACUUGGGGUUUACCUAUACGUUUAUUAUUAUUUGAUUUAUUGAUAAGUUUCCUCAAGUUAAUGCAUACUUUGAUAAGAUCUACCUUUUGCGUUUUAUCUUUAUUAAGGAUUGUUGGGAUAAGAGUGAGGUUUGUGCACAUAUACUGGUUUGAACCCCCAGUAAAAUUACACUUUACUGACCGUUCCAAGGCGGUACCUUCUUGAUAAACAUACUUAGUUUUUUAUGUAUGUAUAUACUGUGCUGUUUGUGGAGUUUUGUGCUGUUCAUCUCUGUUUCUUGUUUGUGAUUGUAUGUUCUAUGUCGUUGGCGUUUAUCCAGUGCCAUUAAACCGGGUAUAUGUUUAAAAUAUUUGCUACUGAGCUUGUUUCUGCAGCUUUUUGCAUAAAUAUUGGUUCUUAUGAGUACUGGUCUGAAGGUAAAGACAAUAGAAGGUUACAUUUGGGGCUGGUAUGAAUGGAAGUUUUUUGGAUGGUUGGUUAAUAAUUCUAUGGGCGUGGCCUAAAGAGAAAUUGUAUGUUGUAGUGUAGUUAGUACUUGUUUGGGAGUGGAAAUAAAAAGGUUAAGAUGCCUCUCACAAUAAAGCGAGUUGAUAAAUGAAUAAAAUAUGGAAAAUGUA